AUGGAUGUUAAAUUAGAUGAGAAACAGGGCCAGUGUGAAACUCUCACUCAAAGUAAUUGUGUCCCUGAUGAUAGAAUGAAAAAGAAAGAAAAAGGGUUCUACCAAUGUGAUUUCUGUAAGAAGGUAUUUGCUCAGAAGUGUUACCUAACUAUUCACAAACGUAUUCAUACUGGAGAGAAACCAUACCAGUGUGAUGUCUGCGUUAUUCAUACAGGGGAGAAACCCUAUCACUGUAAUAUUUGUGGGAAAGCAUUUUCUGCAAGCAGUUGCUUAACUACUCACAAACGUAUUCAUACUGGAGAUAAACCGUACCACUGUGAUAUUUGUGGUAAAUCAUUCUCUAGAAGUGAUUUCCCAUUUCCUGGAAAAUAUGUCGUAUCUCUUCCUAUUUUUCUGAAAUGUUUUAUUUUCAAUAAUUUUUGCAUGUCCAGUGACACAAAUAAGGAGAGUUUCAGGUUAUUUGGUCAACAGUGUACUGGAGUUCCCAUGGACAGCCUGUCUUAA